GGCCACACCCCGAACAUGGGCGUGGUCUCCCAGCAUCUCCCCGCCCAUUGGUUCUCCUUGGCCACGCCCCUCUCUGCCAUUGGCCAGCGCUCUGCCCCGCCCCACGCGGAAGUGCCGCGGCCCGCGGGCCGAUGGCGGAGCGCGGCCAUGGCGCUGGUGCUGGCGCUGCUGUCGCAGGCGCUCGGCCGGGUGUGGCGGAGCUCCGGCAGUAGCGCCCGCCAUGCUCCCCCGAGCCGCGCCAUGGAGCACGACAGGGCCAUGGAGGUCUACGACAUAAUCCGGACUAUCCGGGACCCGGAGAAACCCAACACUUUGGAAGAACUGGAAGUGGUGACGGAAAACUGCGUGGAAGUGCAGGAGAUAGGGGAGGAUGAGUAUCUGGUCAUCAUCAGGUUUACACCGACAGUACCUCACUGCUCCUUGGCCACUCUCAUCGGCCUCUGUUUAAGAAUAAAACUUCAGAGAUGUUUGCCUUUUAGACACAAGCUGGAAAUCUACAUUUCUGAGGGCACACAUUCCACGGAGGAGGACAUCAAUAAACAGAUCAAUGACAAGGAGAGGGUGGCGGCGGCGAUGGAGAACCCCAACCUGCGGGAGAUCGUGGAGCAGUGCGUGACUGAGCCCGACUAGGGAGCCUGGCCCUGGGGACAGCCCUGCUGCAAGCUGAGCAAAAUAAUAAUAAUCAAGGCCUUGAGCUUAAUACUUGAGUUUUUAUCUUCCAUGUGUUUUUUUAAAGAGAAAUCGUUUAUAAGAUAGAUUUAAAUUAUGAGGAAUCAGUCUCUAAAGAAAGGCCAGUGUAUAGUGCUGGAAGUUUGUAAUUUUUGGUGUCCAGAGGAAUAUUUUGUGAUUCAAAGCAACACAUCCACAUUGCCUUCUGAGAGACGUUGUGAUAUAAAUUCAGUUUUGCAAGUUAAAUUUCUACAUUGUUUCAAUCACUGCACUGUAAAAAUAAAACAGAUUCUUGUAUUGAAA